AUGCCGCGCAUCCUCAACUGCCUGCUCGUGCUCCUAGCCUGCCUCGGAGCCUCCACCCAAGCAGACACCCAAUCCACCACACAAUGGCCACUACAAGAUAACGGCCUAAACACCGUCGUCCAAUGGGACCACUACAGCUUCCAAAUAAACAACCAACGCAUCUUCAUCUUCUCCGGCGAAUUCCACUACUGGCGCAUCCCCGUCCCAGGCCUGUGGCGCGACAUCCUCGAGAAAAUCAAAGCAGCCGGCUUCACAGCCUUCGCCUUCUACUCCAACUGGGCCUACCACGCCCCCAACAACGAAACAGUAGACUUCAAAACAGGCGCCCACGACAUCACCCCCAUCUUCGAUCUCGCCAAGGAACUCGGCCUGUACAUCAUCGUCCGGCCCGGCCCGUACGUCAACGCCGAAGCCAAUGCCGGCGGGUUCCCGUUGUGGCUUACGACCGGCGAGUAUGGCUCGCUGCGCAAUAAUGAUACCCGGUAUACAAAGGCUUGGACGCCUUAUUUUACGGAAAUGACGCAGAUCACGAGUCGCUAUCAGGUUACGGAUGGGCAUAACUCGAUUUGUUAUCAGAUUGAGAAUGAGUAUGGGAAUCAGUGGGUUGGGGAUGCGAAGCUGCGGAUGCCGAAUGAUACUGCUAUUGCGUACAUGGAGCUUUUGGAGGCUAAUGCGAGGAAGAAUGGGAUUACGGUGCCGCUUACUGCGAAUGAUCCGAAUUUGAAUUCUCAUUCGUGGGGAAAGGAUUGGUCGGAUGAGGGGGAAAUGUUGAUGUUGCUGGGGUGGAUUCGUAUCCGUCGGUAUUGCUGGACCUGCGAUAUCAGCCAGUGCACCUCUACCAACGGCGCAUAUGUCCCCUUCCAGGUCAUCGACUACUCCGACUACUUCCAAGCAUCCCAGCCCAACAUGCCUGGCUUCAUGCCCGAGUUCCAGGGCGGCUCCUACAACCCCUGGGGCGGACCGGAAGGCGGCUGUCCGGACGACAUCGGCGACGACUUUGCCAACCUCUUCUACAGAUGGAACAUCGGACAGCGCGUAACAGCUAUGUCGCUGUACAUGAUGUUCGGCGGCCAGAACCCCGGCGCCAUGGCUGCGCCGGUUACGGCGACGAGUUACGAUUACUCGGCGCCCAUCUCGGAGGACCGGUCUCUCUGGUCGAAGUACCAUGAGACAAAGUUGCUGGCUUUGUUCACCCGUUCUGCGAGGGAUCUGACUAUGACGGAGUUGGUGGGCAACGGGACGCAGUAUACGGAUAAUCGGGCUGUGAGGGCAUACGAACUUCGGAAUCCUGAGACGAAUGGCGCCUUCUAUGCAACGUUUCAUAGCAAUACUUCUCUCGCUACGAACGAGCCGUUCCAUUUGAAGGUUAAUACUUCGGUGGGGGCGUUGACGGUUCCGAAAUAUGCUAGCUCUAUUCAGUUGAAUGGGCAUCAGUCGAAGAUUCUCGUUACCGACUUCAAGUUUGGCUCGAAGACGCUGCUGUAUUCUACAGCUGAGGUUCUAACAUACGCUGUCUUCGAUAAGAAGCCUACACUGGUCCUCUGGGUUCCGACUGGCGAGUCGGGCGAGUUCUCUAUCAAGGGAGCUAAGAGAGGUUCAAUCAAGAAGUGCGAAGGAUGUUCGCAGGUCAAGUUUAGCAAGGAGCAUGGCGGUCUGACAACCUCGUUCACGCAGCACGGUGGUAAAACUGUCCUUGAGUAUGACGAUGGUGUAAGGGUAAUCGUUCUUGAUAGAACGACAGCGUAUGAAUUCUGGGCCCCUGCACUUACAAACGAUCCAUUUGUACCGGAGGACGAGAGCGUUUUGGUCCAGGGUCCAUAUCUCGUCCGCAGCGCCAAACUAUCAGGCUCCAAGCUCGCCAUCACUGGUGACGUUGUCAAUGCAACAACACUAGAGAUCUUCGCACCAAAGGCAGUCAAAUCCGUCACAUGGAACGGAAAGAAGGUCCAUACCCAUAUGACCGACUACGGCAGUCUCAUGGGCUCGCUCAGUGCCCCAAAAUCCAUCCAGCUGCCAGCUUUGACUACAUGGAAAUCCAAAGAUAGUCUACCAGAGCGGUUCCAAUCUUACGAUGACUCCGGUGCGGCGUGGGUUGACGCAAACCACAUGACAACCCUCAACCCUAGAACCCCAACCACACUCCCCGUCCUCUACGCCGACGAAUACGGUUUCCACAACGGCGUCCGUUUAUGGCGCGGAUACUUCAACGGAACAGCAACAGGAGCCUUCAUCAACGUCCAAGGCGGAUCAGCCUUCGGCUGGUCCGCCUGGCUAAACGGCAACUUCCUCGCCUCCCAGCUAGGCGACCCGCUAACCUCCCAAUCAAACCUAACCCUAUCCUUCUCAAACACAACCCUCUCCACAACAACCCCAAACACCCUCCUAAUCCUGCACGACGACACAGGCCACGACGAAACAACCGGCGCCCUCAACCCACGCGGCAUCCUAGACGCCGUCCUGCACAACUCAAGCUUCACCCACUGGCGUCUAGCCGGCACAGCAGGCGGAAACUCAAACCUCGAUCCCGUUCGCGGCGCCUACAACGAAGACGGUCUAUACGCCGAGCGUCUCGGAUGGCAUCUCCCCGGCUUCGAUGAUACAGACUGGCACCAGGAACAACAACCUGUUGACAGCUCCGUGCUUAGUUUCACAGGAGCCACGGUUCGCUUCUUUAGAACUACUGUCCCGUUGGAUCUGCCGAGGGGAAUGGAUAUUUCUAUUUCGUUUGUUUUAUCGACGCCGAGGGACUCGACGAAACAUUAUCGAGCGCAGUUGUUUGUUAAUGGGUAUCAGUAUGGAAGGUAUAAUCCGCAUGUGGGGAAUCAGGUUGUGUUCCCGGUUCCUGUGGGGAUUUUGGAUUAUAAGGGGGUUAAUACGCUUGGUCUGGCGGUUUGGGCGCAGAGUGAGGAGGGGGCUAGUGUGGGGGUUGAGUGGAGGGUUAAUUAUGUUGCGGAGAGUUCUUUGGAUGUUGUUGGGAUGGAGACGGGGGGGUUGAGGCCGGGCUGGGAGGAGGGGAGGUUGAGGUUUGCUUGA